GGGAUGAAAAGAGCUCUCGUGUUUCCGUGAGGAGGCGGGUCCGCCACGCGGAUUGAGGAAUGUACCGGAGAGCUAACUCAUAACCCGUACAGUCUUUUUAAAAUGGACAUCUGGCUGUGUGUGUGUGUGCUCAUGGGACUUGAACUUGCCUGCUGCCUCGCGUAUGAUGGCUCUGGGUACUGGCCUUACACUGAUGAUGAAGAUGCUCAGAGAUAUGCAGGUGUUCCAUGGUGUGCUCCAGUAAGAGUAAAGCAUGGACAGGUCAGCUGCCGGACUCCACGUGGUGAACGUUAUCAGAAUGUUUUAGGAACGCGCUGUAAGAUCCGCUGUAAGAGAGGCUACGAGCUGCCAGGCAGCACUGAGAUUCUGUGUCUGAGCAACAAGCAAUGGUCUGGAAAAUAUACAUGCCAAGAGGUACGGUGCCCUAAGCUGUCAAUGCCAGUUAAUGGUGGCUAUAAAUGUUCGGAUGGAUCAUACUUUAACUCCCGCUGUGAGUUCUUUUGUUCCCCGGGAUACACACUCAAAGGAGACCGCACUGUUACCUGCCUGAGCAGCAAAACAUGGAGUUCAGGCCAGAGCAUGUGCCUCGAUGUGGAUCCUCCAGUCAUUAAGUGUCCCAGUGUAAAGGAGCGGACGGCUGAGCCGGGCAAACUGACAGCCAGAGUCAACUGGGACACACCAGAGGGCAUAGACACAGCAGAUGGCAUUCUCACCGAUGUGAUUCUGAAAGGGAAACCCCCUGGUACUCACUUUCCCGAGGGUAAUCAUAAACUGUCAUACACUGUGUUUGAUCGUGCUGGCAACAAAGCAACGUGCAAAUUCAACGUCAGAGUGAGAGUGCGUCGUUGUGUUCCUCUCUCUCCUCCUGAGAACGCUUGGAUGCAGUGUGAUGGGGAUAAGGAUAAUUAUGGUGCUACGUGUAAUUUCCGUUGCCUGGGCGGCCAUGAGCUGAAGGGCAGUGCAGCGCGCGUCUGUCAGUUCAACAUGGAGUGGUCAGGACAGGAGACGAGCUGUGACCCUAUGAAUAUUAACGUUGGAGUACGAACAGCUGCUGAUCUAUUGGAUCAGUUCUACGAGAAGCGACGCCUGCUUGUUAUCUCUGCUCCAACAGCAGCCAAUCACUACUACAGAUUCCAGAUGACCAGUUUACAACAUGCACAGUGCGGUUUGGAUCUGCGGCAUGUGACAGUGAUAGAGCUGGUGGGAAUGUAUCCAGCUCAGAUUGGACGAAUUCGACACAGACUCAUCCGUCCUGCCCUUGCCCUACAGUUGAGGUUGCAGUUGGAGUUGUCUCAGCAGGCCUUUAGUAUGGUUCUGUUGGAUAAACAGCUGGUGGAUAAACAUCGUUACACAUUCCCCAUCACAGCAGCCGAACUUUUUACCACCAUUGACACCUUCCCACUGCGCAAAGAGGAGGCUGUCUUACAGAAAGAGGCAGGACAGAGCUGCUAAACACACACAGAUACACCCACAUACAUUAAGUCAAUUACACACACACACACACACUCACACACUCUCAAGCAGUCAUUCCAUUAGGUUCAGAGGACAUCAUGCUAAAGGAAAUGGCAACACUGUGCUGCUACAUACAAUUUAGCCAAUUACACACAAAUACUUGAACAUUCAUUCCGUUUGGUUAUACCGUUCUACAGAGAAAGUCAACACUGUGGUGCUACACACACACACACACACACACACACACACACACAAAUUGAAACAUCCCUUCAUAUAGAGUGCAUGAAAGACUCUUUUGUAUGAGUUUUUAUUCUCUGUGUAUUUAUGCGUGUUGAAGUCUGAGUGGGGAGUCUGAAUCAGGCCUGUUAUCAUACAGAAAAAAACCAGGUCUCUAUUUAUCAUACCAGUAGAUUUUUCUAUCCAUCUAAGAAUCAUUCAGUAUCUCAUUCAUGCAAUUUCUCUAUACAGAGUAACAUGUGCUGUGAGAACUCUAAAUCUAACACCAUACUAUUAAAACGGUGCCUUAAAUAUUUCAUGCCUCAACUGAAAAAAGACAUUACUCUAAUUAAAAUGUAUUUUUUUUAACAUUUCACAAAAUACAGUAUAAUAAAAUAAAUCUAUGGUUGUGUGUUACUAUUUAUGCUUUUAUUGACAUUUUAGCUCAAAGCGUUGAUUUUUGUAAGAGAUUAAAAUUCAUCAUGUGAAUUGAAUGAUCAGAA